AUGAAACAACUUACAGUAAUAGCUAUUAGUACUAUUACUUAUCUAAAGAAUGCUUUUCCCGAAGAAAGUUAUUCUACAGAAAAUUUUGGUGGUCUAAAACUAAGAAUUUUGAAAAAGAAAUGUAGAGACGAACUUGCACAGUUUUUGAGUUCAGCGCUAACGCAAGCCUUUGAAGCAUUUGAUAAGAAAUAUCUUCAACAACUAGCUCUAUGUUUCUACGAAGAUGAGUGUAAAGUGGAAAAUAUGAUAGAAUAUCACUUAUUUGAGUACUCAUAUAGCGAUGCUGGGGUGACAUUAAGCGUUAAAUCCAAGUCCCGAGAUAGCUCGGUGCAUACCAGGAAGUAUUCAUUUGACGCUGUGAGGGAGAGAACGAUGCAGCUAAUCCGAGCGUGUGUAGUCAUUAUGCAGACUUGCCAUUUCGAAUUGCCUGACAACUAUGAUGUCAGCCUUAGGCUGUAUUACAAUGAACAUGCUCCAGAAGGAUAUCAAGCGCCAGGGUUUAAUGCAGCGACGGAGAACGACGAUCACCUCGAGCCUACUGUGGUAUUAUCGAAGUCUGAAGAUUCAGGUACAUCAAGAGAAGUGCACUGUGCGUGUAACAAAGAAGACAGUGAUGUAGCCAGCGGAGGACAGUUACUCACAUGUCGGUACUGCAACACGCAUCAACAUUCAGCUUGUUUUGGCCUCACGUCCGAGGACGCUGCUCGGCUCACGGAACAUUGUUGCACUAGUUGCUCAGACAUGGACUCCAGCAAAGUUCCCACCGAUCAAAGACUCGUACCGCUUUCACGCAACAAGAGAGAGGUAAACACCUCUAGUGUUAUUAAUGAACAAAGUUUAGCGUUAGAGUAAAUUUACGCUGAGUCUGCAUGCACUUUGUAUUAGUCAAAAUUCAUAUUAUUAAACAGAGACUUAAGCAGAGGUUUACCUAGUACGAGGUUCUACGUUAGUAAUAUUUACUUCUAGAAUGUUGUAGGUUUGCUUACUCUCUGUAUAAUAUGAAUUUCGACUAAUACUAAAAUUGUAAUAGGGAUGAAGACUAUUUUUUUUUUUGUAUGUCCGUCAGGUAGGUUGUUGAAAAAUAUUAAACACUUAUUAUCUGACUGACGAACUGAAUAGAAUUUUGUUUUUCAUCGUCCUUAUUGUAGCGUAAAUUUACUCUGACGCAAAACCUUGUUUAUUAAUAGCACUGCUCAGGAACCUUUUCUAAAUAACACGCGCGUGGCGUCAUUUCAAAAUAAAAAGAUGGCAUAAAUUGCACGAGAUAAAUUAUUUAUUAAUUAUUGAAAUAUUUAUGAAUAAUCCCUAAAAUUUUGUUAUAGUUGACAAAUUAAUUGCAUGAAUUUAAAUUAUAUUUUCUGAAAAUUCAUGCAAUAAAUUAUAUAUGCAAAUUUAAAAAUAUAUAUAUGAAAAAUAUAAUUUUGCUUUGCGAUAAUGCGAUAACAAACUAAAAUGAGAGCUUUAAAAAUGGCAAAAAUUAAAUGAUUGUUAUAUUGAUUUUUUAAGCUUUUCCAUUAACUAUGUUUGAGAAUAGUCGAUUAUGUUUGUAGUGCCUGUGCAUCUUCAGACGCGCACUGUGGGUGUGCGCACGCACAGGGCGUAUUUGCGCACGCGAUUUGUCCUCCACACUUAGUGUGUCCGACACCAAUGCCACCAAAAUUAUGCGCCUGCUGCACUCACAAGGCGUCGUCCGGCAGGAAAAUGAUACAGAAAGAGAACUUGGUGGAUCGGCUACUCGCUGAAACUUUCGCCUCACAGGAGAGCCAACCUGAUCCAGUCGCAGACGUUCUUGAUCCACUAGAAAAGGUGUCAUUACAAAACACCUCAAACCCUGUCAAAGUAAUUGAAAAGAAUGAUGGCAUUAACAAAACCAACAUUGAAGAUUUAGCUCUUAAACAAUACAAGGAAGCUCUAUUGUCCAACUAUCAGCUAGAUGAAAAUAUGUCUCUGAGUGGUUCACAUGAUCCUGUUAAAGAUAUUUCCGACUUGGGGAAAAGUAGAAUUGCAAAAAGGAAAGUAAACGAAGACGUUGAUGAACCUAUACCGAAACUCAGGACUGGUGUUAGAACCAAAAGAGCCAAAACUAAAGCAUAA